UUUUCACCUAGCCUGUGGUGUGUCCAUUUCUUGUUCUGAUGGUAGACUCCUACCCAAGGCAAACUGCGCCCUGCUCGUGCGGCUAUUUAAGCCACGCUGGGACUCACGGUGGCAUCAGUCGUUGUCCUGCUUCUGUAACACCAAUAUGAGGAUCCUGAGCGUCAUCCUGCUGGCCAUGGUGCUGUUCAUGGGAGCGUUCGCCGCCCCUCCCACUGCUCCCAAGAAUGUGGUCAUCGACCUGGAUAAGAACACAAUGAGUCACGAGCAGUACGGAGAGCCAGGCACAGCUGUGCACGGCAGGUACAAGGUUGAGAAACCCAACGGCGAAUGGUACACCGUCGAGUACAGGGCUGACCAUACCGGCUUCCACGUCCUCAACUAGGCACUGACGACAGCGACACCUGCCGAGGCCCGGCCGACGCAGACACUCUGCAUCAUGACCUCUCUAUCUCUUCAUUUUUAGUUCCAUGAACUCCAUGAAUCACUCUUUUCCUAAAUAAAUCCAUCUUAAGUUUU